AGUUCCCGCGCGCGUGAGCGCGUCUCGCGCUGUCGUAACAAACAACACGCACUUAGCGAGAUAGCACUGCUAGCUCGAGCUUCCCAGAAAAGAGGAAAUUAGUUAGGUGGAGUAGAAAAAAAGAGCUGUCAUUUUUUUGAUCAUGUAACGGAUUAUCACUUUUCUUACUAUGAAUGUAAUCCAGUAGCUGCAGUAUAUCCAGACUGCCGGAUUCUCUGAACAGUGCAGAACUCAGCAUGGACAUGACAGCUCCCAUGUUCCCCGGGCAGAAGAUGUCGCCAACCAAAGCCAUGACGAUGAAGGACUAUGAGAAUCAAAUUACAGCUUUGAAAAAAGAGAACUUCAACCUCAAGUUGAGGAUCUACUUCCUGGAGGAACGCGUGCAGCAAAAAUGUGAUGAUUCUACUGAGGAAAUUUACAAAACGAACAUUGAGUUAAAGGUGGAGGUGGAAUCUAUGAAAAGGGACCUUGCAGAGAAACAGGAGCUGCUUGUGUCCGCGUCGAAAGCACUAGAGAGUUUAGCCAACAGAGAUUCUGGGGAAGGCCUGAGGGUGCGUGCUCAGAGAGAGAUGGAUGCACUCCGCGAAGCUUUCAGUGCCAGGAUCAGAGACCUGGAGGAGUCUCUGCGUUGUGCAGAAGAAGAAGCAGAGAAGAUGGCUUCCAUUGCUGAGCAACAGAAGCUUAAAAGUUUAGGUCUGGAAAAAGAACUGGAGGCUUUUACUCAAUCCAGACCACUGCAUGAUGCUGGCUCCGCCCCUGGGCAGGACCACAAACUCCAGCAGACUCUGCAGGAAAAAGAUCGUGUAAUUGAGCGCCUCCAGGAAUCCAUCAAGAACCAGGACACUCUGAUUGGAGAGCUUCGGAAGAAUGACCAGGACAAGCCAGUCGCAGAGCAGAUGAUCCAGCUCAACACUCUGAUUGGCCAAAAGAAUGCAGAAGUACAGGCUCUAAAAGAAGAGUUAGAUCGUGAGCGAGAAAAAGCAGACGAGGAAAUCAAGGUGUGUGCAGUGAAGCAGGAUGAGCUGAACCUGCUACAGCAGAAGACCAGACAGCUGAGUGAAGAGCUUAACUCCACCAAGAGCAGCAGUCAAACAUUAAAACACAAGCUGGAGGAGAUUGACAGAGAGAACAAGACCCUUUCUGGACAGCUUGAAGAGAGGGAGAAUGAGUUGGCUGCAGAAAAGAAAAACGCUCUAAAACGGGACAAGACCAUUCAGGGCCUUAGCAUCCUUCUUAAAGAGAAGGAACGACAGGUGGAUGAACUGUACAGAAAUCUAGAGGAGAAAGAUCAGGCCUUAACCAAGGCCAGGGAGGCCCUUCACAAAGCCCAGCUACAGAAAUACCAGGGUGGGGAGGAACAACAGGCCAUGAUGCAGUCCCAGCAUGCUGAGCUGUCUCGUCUACAGGCGGAGUGCCAUUCGUCCCUGCUGGAGCUUCAGAGGUUGCAGCGUGCACUCAGCAGCAAAGACGCACAACUGGAGCUGCUGCAACAAGACAAACUUCAGCUGGAGAAUGAGCUGGAGUUGCUGCAGCAGUACAAAAGAAAAGGGGACAAGACCAUUAAUGACCUGCAGAACCAGCUGAAAAAGCUGAGUGGAGAGCUGGCAGAACGCGAGAACCUUCUAGAAAAUCAACGGCAAUCUCAGCAGGAGCUAACCCAAACGACAGAACAUAAACUGCAGAGCACGAUACAACACCUGACCACUAACCUCACAAAGAAAGAGCAACAGUUACAGGACUACAUGCGAAUGGUGCAGGACCUGGAGCAGGAUCGAGCUUCAGCUGGAAGUGAUGUAAUGCUGGCCAAGCUCAGAGAGAAGCUGAGGGAAAAAGAGAAGGCCCUGGAGAAAGCACUUGAAGAUAAGUUUGUGGCCGUGGAAGAAAAGGAGAAUGAAAUCCAUCUGCUUCAGCUGAGCAUGAGAGAGAAGGAAAGAGAUUCUGAGCGCCUGAAGAACCUGCUUGCACACAAUCAGGAGACUGUAAAUAGCUUUGAUGAAUUAUUGAAGGAGAAAGACAUGGAGUUGCAGCAGCUGCUGAACUCAUUGAAAAACUUGCAGCGCUCCAAGCAGGAGAGUGAAGAGAACCUGCAAAGAGCUCUGAGAGAGAAAGAUUCCAUCAUCCAGCAGCUCCAACAUGCACUGCAGCUUAAAACUAAAGACAUGGAGGACAUGGCUAGUACAGUUCUUAGUCAUUCAGAGUCUCAAGGACGCGAUGUGGCAGAGCAGAUGGGUCAGAGGUUAAAGGUUACAGAGGCCAUGUUGGCCGAGGCAGUGAAGCACAGAGAGAGGCUAGUGUGUGAAAACCAGACCGCUGUGGAAAACCUACUUGCCACCAUCAGUAGCAAAGACCAGCUGCUGAAGGAGAGUGCUGAACGACAUGCACGGGCUCUUGCUGAGCGAUCGGGAGAGUUGCAGGAUCUGCGCAGACAGCUCGCAGAAACUCAGCUGCAACUCAGCAAUGCUCAGAACCUUAGCGCUGCACUAAAUGAGAAGGACCUCCUCAUCAAUAAGCUGUUGGAUCAUGCUCAGGACAGAGAUCCCUCUCUAACUGAGAUAAAGGUGGUAGAUGCUCCUCAGGUGGUUGAGCUCAGACAUACCAUUAGUGUGCUACAGCAGAGAUUGGAAGAGAAAGAGGCUGAGCUGUCUCAGCAGUACAGUGAGGACAACUUGGAGACAUCUCUUACAGUCAGUAAGAAACCUGCUGUAAUACUGAAGAAAGAGCUUGCCCAGAAAACAGAUGCUCUCAACAGUGCUCUGAAGAGAGAAAACAAGCUUAAGAUGUCACUUGCUGAGAUUCAGUCCACUGUGUCAGAGCUGGAGGGCCAACUAGAGGGCCAAACGGCCAAUCUUCAGUCUCUUAAAUCCACUAUCAGUACUAAAGACGAAAUUAUUACGGAGCUACAGCAGCGCUUGGCCCAGAUGGGGUUAAGGCAGUCAGCUACAGCCGUCGAUCAGCAGUCCCCCCUCUAUGGGGAGGAGCUCAACUUCCGCUCUCUUCCCCAGAGAGAAAGUACCAUCAUUGGAGGAGAUAGACAGCAGCAGCAGGACGUGUCGCUGGGUGACCUGUGCUCAGAGCAGGCAGAGCUCAACCACAUCCUCAGGGAAGAGCACCAGAUCUACACCAAACUUGUUCAAACGGUCAAAGAGCAAGACAGUGCUCAGCGGCUACAUGCAUUACAGUUGGAACUUGCUGCUGUGGCACUUCUCAGGCAGCAGCUGGAAGAUGGCGUCGGUAACAACAACGAGCUCCGAGAGCAGCUGCGGCAAGAAAUCCAGAGAGUUAAUCAGAGAGAAGGUGCAGACCCUGCAGAGCUUGAGAACAUGCGAGAUGCUCUGGAAGAAGCUCAGCGUUGGAACGCUUCUCUACAAGCCAGACUUGGCCAGAUCCAGAGCAGAGGAGGAGGAGUAGGGCAGGCCAACGACAAGGAUGACUCACUGAGUCUGAUUGGGGAACAGACAUCCUAUAUGAGUAUAUGUAUAGGGGAGGGGCAAGAAGAAGACCUACAGCAUCUAUCUGUGGAACAACUCAGACUAAAGGUCUCAGAGCUACAGGCAGUAAAUGCAGAGCUGCAGAAACGGUUGGCGCUGGCAGAGAGUGAUGAUACGGGUGAUGCUAGGAGAGAGUCACAGGGCCAUCAUGACCUAAAUGGAUUUUCACCCCCCAGCAAGCAGCAGCAGGAACUGACCAGACCACUAGCUGUUAAUGCUAAUGAGGGACCAACCUCCCCCGGUGUAAAGGAGACAGCUGAUGAAAGUUUUAAAGCUCAAAGAAGAAUGGCAAGUUCUCCCUUGCCGAAGAAAGAUAAUGGAAACUCCUCAUUUGCUCAGAUACCCAAGGGUGAGACUGAGCAAGCAGAACUUGCAUCUUUACUUGAAGACUGUGGAGCAGAAUCUGUUCCCCAACUCCGGAAGCAGAUAAAUAAACUACGAUCAGAAAUGUCAAAGCUUGGUGUGCUCUUAAAGGAAGAAAACCCAGGUGAGUUCAGAGAGAGCACAGAAAGUUCUGGAGAUAAUGACAAGCACGAUAACCUGCACCAGACUGUGAAAGUCCUCCGCUCAGAGGCCCGAAGACACCGCAAAGUUGUACGCCUGUUAAAGGCGCAACUACAGCACAAUACAAAAGCAAAUACAGACAGUGAGCCAGGGGUUGACACAAAACUGCUCGACAGCAUGGCUGAAAAGAUGGAGCGUCUGCGGGAGGAGUAUGAGAUCACUCAGAGGCAUGCUGCCAGUCUAGAGGACAGGAUAAAGGAGAUGCAGAACGGAGAAAGAAACGAGGGUAGGGAACGAGAAGAGGAGAAAGAAAGGAAAAAGAAAGGCAGACCGGACCAAAGCAGAAAGUCGAACAAAAACCUGAAGCAUGCAGCGUACACCAAAUCACGGCUACCAGUAGCAGUAAGACCCACAAAGCAAAGGGACAGGAAUGAGCGUGAGACAGAGGAAAGUACUGAGCACUUUAGCACAACAGAUUCAGAGCAGCCCAGUGUAAGGAGCAGAGCCCUCAGUGAUGCAGUCCUUCAAAGUUCUCCAGGCAGCAGCUUAGAUGCUCUUUCGGAUUCGGAUUCCAGACGAAACACACAACCUGAACAGGCUGAACAAAACUGUAACGCCAGGCAACAUUCGAAAACAGUGUCUGACUUUCCACAAUCAGAACUCCUGUCUCAGUUGGAGUUACUGAACCAGGAGUGUCAGGAGAAGGAAAGUCUCAUCUCCCAGCUGCAAUUUCAGAUGCGGAAUUGGGAAGGUCUCCAAGCUGAGCUUCAGGAGAAGGAACGGAUCAAUGGACAGUACCUGGAAGCCUUGCAUGCAGCAGAGUCCACAAUUGCUUACCUUACAGCUUGUAACCUGGAUUCUGAAAGCGGGCUGGGGCAGACUGGGUUGGGAUCUGAUCCAUCACUGCAGCAGCAAUGCACUGAGCUUGAAAAAGAUGUGCAGGAGAAAGAUCAAAUCAACGCUCAGCUGCUAGAAUGCUUAAACAUGGUCGAGGCUGCAAUUGCAUCACUGAUCUCAGCUGAUAUGCCUGUAAGCCACUUCUCUGGUCAGAAUGACCCACAAGCAUUGUGUGACAGGCUUGAGGGCCUGCUCAGCCAGAUCAAGGUCCUACAGGAGCAGAAAAAUACUUCCACUGGCACUCUCAAGGAAUUGCAUUUCCCAGAUGGAAGUUCAGUACCGGACCUGCAACGCCAAGCUGAGACCCUUCAGGAAUCACUGUUGGAGCAGUGCAGGCUGAAUGCGGAGUUGCAGGAAAAGCUCAGGACUGCAGAAGAAACCAUUACGAAACUGUCUGCUCAACACACCGGUGCUACCAAAGGCCAGGAACUGAUUUGCAGCCACAAGUGUGCAAGUCCACAACAGGAGACGGUACAUGAAUAUGAAGAGGGACAGCACAGACUGGCUGCAUGUCUGGCUGAGUGUAUUGCAGCAGCAGAACAAGCUGUCGGGUCUCUUGCAGAUUACGGUUCAAGGUCCGAUCAGGUCCCACAUACUCCUGAAAUCUCGACUAACACCGAUCUUGAACAGAACUUUGACAGGCUACAGAGGGCACUUUUGGAAAGAGAUAAGUUUGGGCAUCCCGGCAGUGCAGAUAUGAGUCACAGCACUAUUGUGGGUCCACUCCAACACCAACCAGUACAGCAUGUCUUACAGAGUUCAGGUGCUGCACAACAGAAGACAAGCACCCCGAUUUCCCAAGGACAGCAGAAAAAGGGACAGGAGAAUAUAUCAGAAUCUUGGGAUCCUGAUCAUUCGGGAAGUCCAAACCUGAACCUCCACAAGAAUCUCACAUUGCUCGUCCAGAUCUUUAAACACUAUGCUCAGAAAGUUCGGGAGCUGGAGGAGGCGCUUAAAGUUGAGCAAGGACGAGGCCUUAAGGGAGGUGAUGGGCAAAAUCCUGAGGAUGUUGCCCAGUUGAGGAGCUUGCAGAGGGCCCUUAAAGAGAAGCAGAAAAUGUGUCAGAAGCUGGAGGAGAAACUGGCUACAGCUCAGUCCAUCAUUGCUCUGCAGGGCUCAUCCAAGAGGGACAAAAACUCAGAGCGACGCAAAGCACCUCACGGUGAACGGGAUGAUAAAGGCAUUCAGGUGGAUGCACAGGACCUCGGCUACGAGACAAGUGGAAGGAGUGAGACGGAGGUGGAAAGAGAGGAGGGCAGUAGUACAGAUGUAGAUGGUGUUGUUGGUUUGGACCCCGCUCUCUCUGGAUUCACCUCAGCAGACAAUCUGGACACUACAGCAUCCAGCCCGUCUUAUCCGAGCUCCCCUGAUCUUAGCUCUCCCCGGCCACACGACCCAAAAUCUGGCCCCAAAUCUGCCCACAUUGAUGAGCUCUUGCAACUCAGGGCACAAGUUGAAAGUCAACAUAAGGUCAUUGCACAUCUCCGGCGACUGCUGCCCAAGAAAUAUCCGACUUCCAAGGUUCUGAGUGUGACCUCUGGCACUGCAAGCUGUGAGGAAGAAGAGGAAAGAGCAGCAACGAAGGCUCAGAUUUCCCAUCUACCCACUGAACUGGAGAGAGAGCAUACCAUCAACAGGAGUAAUUGUAAUUCUCCAUCCAAGAUGGAGUCUCUGGUCCAGUCUCAAGCACGAGAGUUGUGUGAGUUGCGUGAACAAAUUAGAGUCUCGCGUACACUCGGUGUUCAACAGCGCAGACAGUUGCUGGAGCUUCGAGAGGCACUAGAGGAUCUGAUGCAACCCAACGAUAGGCAGAGCACCCCGUAUGCAACACUCCAGAAACACCUGGACCGGAGUCUCUGCCUAUUCGAUAAACUGGAUCAAGCAGAAAAAGACGACCGUGUAGAAAAAGACGAGCCUCUAAGCCGAGAGCUAGCUCAGAGGUUAACUACAGAGCUUCAGGAAAAGGAGAAGCUCAUUCAGCAGCUAAAGGAUCAGCUGCAUGGCAAAGUUUACAGUAUGCAUCAGGAAUUGGAAUCUGAGAUGAGUGACAGGAUGUCUAACGACAGCACUGUUUCUGUACACGACAGCCUGCACGAGUUUCACACACCCACCUCCAGGAGAGCAACUGAAGGCAUGAAGAAAUCCAGUGUCAAGUGUGUUCCUGACGCUGAACCCCGACCUUCACCUGUCUGUGUGGAAGAUGACUUGAAUAGGUCUCGUUGCGAUGAGGCAAAUCUUUUUAAUCUACAAUGUGAUAACGGCCGUCUGCAAGAACAACUGAGAAAGAGUGAAGAGCUUAAUGCCACACUGAGGAGUGAGCUUGACCUCACUCACUCCAUCCUUGCGCACACACAGAGUCAGAGCCCCACGGAAACCAAACAUGCUCACACUCAGAGCAGCUCAUUAGUUACACACUCCCAGAGCCAAGCUCCAGAUAGCCAGCAGGCUCAACAGGAAGCAGCCCAUGCAAGCAUCAGCCCAGAUUUGUUAAUGGAGCACCUCCAGGAAGUUCGAGCUCUACGUCAGCGUCUGGAGGAAACAAUACGCACUAAUGAAAGACUCCGAGAGCAGCUAGAAAGAAAACUUCAGCAGGCUGAGAGAGACCCAGCAGAUACACACAUCUUUAUUUCUGGGUCACAAGAUUCGACUAAGCUGAAUAGUGAUGUGCGUUACCUUUGGGCUCAGAACCACACACUUAAAGAACAGCUAAACCAGGCAGCCAGAGACAAACAGAAGGAGAAUGACUGUUUGAGGGAGACUUUGUCCAGACGCACUGCCAAACUUGAGCUCAGCAGAAAAGAGUGUGAAACCUUGCGUGAGGAAUGCGCACACUUGCAGAACAGCCUGUUCAGGUUGCAGUGUGAGCAAAAUCUCCAAAAGCAGCAGUUGGCAGACACACAACAGCUUCUACAAUCUGUACAAGUUGAACUUCAAGUGCACGAACAGAUCAGGAGCUCAAUACACACCCACACAGAAGAGGAGCGUGGUGGUUCUGAGUCCUCUGAAGUGGAUCUAAGGGAGUUAUUGAGUGAAGUACGAAGUCUGCGUCUGCAGCUGGAGAGAAGUAUCCAGACCAACACAGCGCUGAGACACAAACUGGAACAACAACUAGUCAGCCAACCAGAUCCUCCAUCUACUAUCAAUAUCAACUAUCUACUCUCUCAAGCAGAUGAAGGAGUUAACUCAGAGAUGCUACGCCAGCAUUCACACACAGACCUGUCUAGCGUUGCAUAUGACAGUGGAAGCUCUGAGCAAGGUGGUUCUCCGACUUUGUCCCGCCUGGUUCCCGGUCACCGACUGUGGGCAGAUCGUCACGGGCGUCAUGUUCUAGGCCUUAUAGAGGAUUACAGCGCUCUCAGCAAACAGAUCAGAGAGGCCAAGAGAAUCACUGCAGCCAUGGAUCAACAACUGCAGGACAGGUUGGUGGAAUGUGCAGGUUUUUCGGGCAGUGUGAGCACCAUGCAGCAGGUGCUGGAGGAAGCUGGGCGACUGCUAAAACUGCUCUGGCGAGUAUCACUUCCUGCAGGAGACCACACACACACACAGCAGAAUGAAGUGUUGAGGAGUGAGAUCACUCAGCUAAAAAGCAGACUGUCUCAGCAGGAGCGGAUGCUGACUGGAGCUGUCAAACGUCUGCGUUCUACCAAUCAGCUCAAAGAGGGUAUGGAGCGGAUCAUCAUUGAUCAGUUGUCCGUGACUCACAGAGUGUUAAAGAAAGCACGUGGAAACCUUGAGUCUAAGUAUUUCAAUGUUUUUGGGAUAAAAGACCUCCAAAUGGAAGGAAAUCCCACUGAAUGCGCAGUGACCAGCCAGCAAGGAGACAACCCUUCCUAACCCGCCACCUUCACCCUAUCUAUUUAUGACACUUAAACUGUCAAUCAUGUCUGUUUCCUGAAGCUAAAAUGAAAGGCCUUUUAUGGGAAUAUUUUUCUUUGAGAAAAAUAUUCAGUUUGGAAGACUGCAAAGGAACUUGCACAUUUGUACAGAGACGUUUCUCUAGUUUAAUAUUGAAUGUCUUUUAGUUUUAUAUUUAAUGCGUUUUUAAAAUGCUACUUACAUAGGACCUGCUCUUGCCCACUGCCUGUUUGCUGUAAUUUCAUAUUUUAUACUGUAUUCAUUGGAUACGUGAUCUGUUGUUCAUCUAAGAGGCCUAAAGGUUGUGGUACAAAUGCAUUAAAAAAAGCACUCAGCACUGA